AUGCACAGCUCUUCGUUCUUCGUUCUCCUCGGGAUUGUUGCGUCGCUAGUGAGCGGUGUCGUAGCCUCCACUCUCUACCGAGGGGACUCGCGCGGCCCCAAGACUAUCAAGGAUGCCGGCGGUUUCAAGGCCAAGGGCUUCAACAACCCCGAGGGGACUUUGUUCGAGCACGUGGAAGGCACGCUGAAGCAUCCUUCCAGGGACCCAUUCAUCUCUACCUCGAACGACAUCGAGGUGUCCAAGAAACAUGCCGGGAACGGAUACCUUUACACCCUCGACUCUACUAAAAUCCACCAAAAGAUCCAUGACGUUGCGGCAGAGUACGCACAGGCAAAGAAGAAGUACGGGCAUGCCGACGAAAAGGAAUUCUCGGUCGAGCACUUGAUCCCGUGGGACGCCGUGACCAAGGUCCAGAAGAAGAAGGACGGCGAGUGGAAGACGAUCAAGAUGCCGACCAAGCGCAUGCCUGAGUUUCCCGACGGCGACGUCUUCGCCGCGUAA